AUGGCUUCUCUGUCUCUUCUUAUUAUUUGGUUCCUUGUGUUUAAUGCUGAAAUGAUGUUAAUAAGAAGCAAUUUACACAGGGGCCACAUGGUAAUGGAAGAGGAGGAAUUGUUGGGAUUGUUUGAAGUGAUGGAUGCUCUUCUAGAAGACCCUGAUUGGGCCCAUGCCCAUCCACAGCCAUGUACAGAAACUCCAUGGUCAGGUAUUGAAUGUGAAGUUAGCAAUAAUCCACCAAUCUUUCAUGUCACAAAGAUUCACAUUGGUCCUGAUAUACUCUUCCCACCUUGCAAAACCUCUGCACACCUCUCAGAGUCCAUGUCAAAACUCAAAUACUUGAAAACCCUUUCAAUUUUGAACUGUUUUGUUGCUUCACCAGUCACUCUACCCAAAACCCUCUUUGGUCCUUUCUCUUCCUUAGAACAUUUAGCUUUGGUGUCUAAUCCAACCCUCUAUGGAGAAAUACCUCCUAGUUUGGGAAAUGUUACUAGUCUUAAGGUUCUGACCCUGUCCCAGAACAGUUUACAGGGAAAAAUCCCAAGCCAAAUUGGUGGUUUGGUUUUUCUGGAGCAACUUGACCUUAGUUAUAACAACUUGAGUGGUCCAAUUCCUAAUGAAAUUGGAGGUAUGAAAAGCAUAACCAUUUUGGACCUAAGUUGUAAUGCAAUUGAAGGGGUUCUUUUUCCUUCCACUCUUGGACAACUUCAACUUCUCCAGAAGAUGGAUUUGCAUUCUAACAGGCUUAUUGGGAACUUACCACCUGAUUUUGGAAAUCUCAAGAGGUUAGUCUUGCUUGAUCUGAGUCAUAAUUUUAUUAGUGGGCCUAUUCCUGAAAACUUGUCAAGUUUGAAACUUUUGGAAUAUUUUCUCAUUGAUGACAACCCCAUUAAAGGAGGGAUACCUCAGUUCAUAGGGAAGCUUAGAAAGCUUAAAUUAGUGAGCUUAUCAGGGUGUGGAUUGAUAGGGGCCAUACCCAAUUUUUUCUCUUCCUUGAUGAACCUUACAGCUAUCUCCUUAGAUAACAACAAUCUCUCUGGACCUGUUCCUCCAAAUUUGGGUUCACUGCCAAACUUGGAUCAACUUAAUAUCAGCCACAACAGGCUAAGAGGUGUUCUGGAGCUUCCUGAAGACUUCAUUGGGAAGUUAGGUAAGAGGUUGGAUUUAAGAGGGAACAGUGAGCUUUGCUUCAGUGAUGAGGCAAGCAGGAAAAAGAACCUCUCUUCAGACUUGGAAAUACCAUAUUGUUUGAACAUGAGAAAGAGCAAUGACAACCCUCUUGAACACCCUUCAGGAACAAAGCCAUCAAGGUAUUAUCAUAGCAACAUGAGUUCAUGUUUGUCAUGGCUGGAUGAUCUACAAGUCAUCUUAUUUGCCUUGGUUUUAAACUUGGUGAUCUGAGUUCUGAAUCUGAAUUUCAUUUUGUAACAAUUGAAAUUGAUUUUACCUAAAUGCUAGACUCAUUCAUAGUGUGCAUGUUCUGAUACAAACAGUGAAGUCAA